UUCAUACUUUUUACGUUGGAGAUAAAUUUUGUUAUUCACGUAAAAUAAAUCCUGCGUAUAGCAAAUAAAAUAUUUUAAACAAAAUGGCAAAGAAAGCAAAACGUAGACCUAAAUUCAAAACCAAGAAACGCGCAAAACUAAAACCCAAGAAAAAUAAAAACAAAAAGAAUAAGUUGCGAGCAAAGCUGAGCGCCUUGGCACAACAGAGGAAACUAGAGGAGCUGUCUUCUGCCACUGCUACAGAAACGAAGAGUUCUUUCGUCCAGUCACCGCAAACGGAGAGUACUGUGGCACAGUCAUCGAAGUCAUCAAGUAAAGACACCAGUGAACAAACAUCAACCUUGUUUAAUUACAAGCCUUUAACAACUACAUCGAAUUGUAAGAUUAACCAAGAGAAAAAGAAAGCUGCACCUUUACAGCAAGCAAAACAAACCGAUAUCAAGAAACUUGAGACGCAUCAGAAAAGAGCAUUAGCUAUCCUGCAUAACCACUUGGUUGGAACUGAAGUUCGUUUCCAGCGAGAUGUCUAUGAACUGGAGAAAAUCUAUAUAAACAAAUACUACAAACCAUUGCUUGCUUGUAGGAAAAUGCUGAUCUGUGGAGUUCAGGGUGGAUCGCCCUUAGACUUGGAACAUGUAGAAUCAUGCUGCUCUGUAUUUGAAGCAAACGACGAAGACUUCAAGAGGUUAAAAAUGCAUCUACAAUUUAUUAUUGAUACCGGUGAAACCAUGGAAUUCUCGGAGAACUUCUGGCUGACAGCCAUGAUGAAUUCGGAUCCAAUUCUACAAAAAUUGAUCCACUGGUCUGAUAUUCCGAAGCUGCAAUAUCUUACUGAUAUCAGUUCUGAUCACGUCGAAGUAGCGCCGGGUGAAUUUAGAAAAGACAACGCUGUUGGAUUUGAACUGAAAUUUCAAUUUCGCGCGAAUCCAUUUUUUACAAACCCGGUUAUUUCAAAACGUUACGUCAUCGACCUGACCCCGGAUGACGAGGAUUACGUCAUAACCGACGAAGCGGCUACGUCACAAAUAAAGUUAUCGAUCAACAGAAAGGAAGAUUGUGAUGCAGAUGGCGAAGAAAGUGAACACGACUUUCAUUCUACGAUGGGAUCCGUGAGAAACAAGCGACUUAGAAAAGUUGAAAGUUUACUCGAUUACAAAGGUCCACAAGUCGUAGCAAUAAAAAGCACGAACAUUGACUGGUACAAGCCACCGUGCAAUCAUUCAGAUUCGGAUGCGGCUUCAGGUUCCAGUAUGUCACAACCAAAAUCCUUUUUCAACUUUUUCAAAUCAAACUGGAACGAAUCUUCGCCAGGUGUUUCCGCAACACACAUACAGCAAGAUUAUAGAGUUGGAGCGUAUAUCCGUGAUGUCCUGAUACCUCGAGCUUACUUUAUAUACAGGCGCAAAGUGAACCUGGCCCACGAUUCAGAUUCUGCUGUUGAAUCAGUUUCAAAAGAACCGACCGUAUCCAAUAGUCGAACUCAAGCACAAACAGUCGUGGGUCAAAUCCCGUCCAAGGUAUCCAACCAGCCCAUUAACACAUACCAACACGACGACGACUUUUCCCUACCACUUCCUGACGAUAUUCUAGAGGAGUAUGAUGGAAUCGAUGCCGAUCCACCUUCAGGAACAUCUUUCAAACCAACUUCAAUACCUGAUUCGCCAACUGAGCCAACUGUAAAAACGAUCUCCAAACAAGAAAUAAUAAAAGAAUACGACAAAAUCGACGAUGAUAUAAAACUUCCAGCAGCCAAUAGAACAUCCGAAGCAGCGUCGUUAGGAUCUCAAAAAGCUCCACUAAACACUAAAAUAUCUGAAGCUCUUUCGAUCGGUUCCCAAAUCAACCAAAGGCAGAGUAUUUUAGAUGCUACAAACAAGACUCCUGGGUCUAUGGUUAAUAACUAUGACGAUGUAGACGAGGCCGUCCCCGCCCAACACCGUGUAUCUGCAUUAGGGGGAAUGGAUAUAGACAUUGACGAUGAAUUGCCUGCUAAAAUUCCAAGAAUGGAUUCAGCCCAGUUUGAAAGGAGUCAACCCAGCUUACAGGAAGCACCCCCUACGUUUAACGGAACUUUCGAAUCUGUUUCCAGCUCCAGACGGAGAAUGGAAGGUCUUGUAGAUCGAGUGAAUAGUAUCAUUCGACGACAAGAGGCGGGCCUACCAGUCCGAUACGAAGACAGCGAGCCUACGGAGAAUACGUGUGAUGUUGCGAACGAGCUGGCGCACCUUCGUGACGUCAUCGAAAUGGAGCAGGGAAGUGAGAUUGCGUCAUCGGAUCACGUGUAUUCAAAAUUUGGGGAGGUCGCAGACGACGAAGAAGAAUGGACAGAGUACAACCAUAGCGUGAAUCGAGCUUUUGAAAGGAUUCGGUCCAACUUAAAAAGAGGGAUACCAGUUGAACCAAGUCAAACAGCGUCAAUAGAUAUAUCCAGCUUUCCGUCCACAAAAGAUAGCGACUCGAAUUCACAUAAAGUUGUUUUCCGUGACGUGUCGCCGUAUCCUAGCGACGGCGAGGUGGACGGAAGUGACGUGUUAAGCACGGCGGUAGAAACCUCCGAGCCAGUUACAGAUGCAUUUGUUAACGUUACGUCGCCAAGCAGUUCGGAGAUGGAUACCGAAUGUGAAGCGUUAAAAAUGCCGGAUAUCGGUUUAACACAACCGAUCAGCAGUGCAGCGCCCAAGUGUUCAACUGGUGUCAGAAACAGAGAUCAACAACAAGACGAUAGUGACGUCAUAAUCGACCACGACAGUGAAGCACCGGCCACACCCCCGCUUGACGAACCAAGUCCGUGUGUCCAACAAUAAAAACAACCUAACCAGGAAAUCUGAUCUGUCGCCAAAAAUUUGUAACACAAAUACAAUAUUCAACAUGUA